GGUCCCGCCUAGGGCCUGCAAUCUCGGAGGCGCGGGGCGGAGCGCUGCGCUGCCAGGCUUUGCAUUAGCGACCUGCGGGCUUUAAAGGCAUCCGGGAUUCGCAGUGCCUAGACCUGCCGCGGGAACCGUCGCCAUGCACCGUGUGCCGCUGCUGCUCGUGCUGGGCUUGCUGCUCGCAGGCCCCGUCGCCCCUCUGCGCCUCGGCCUGAAGCGCCCUUCCCGACUCGGCAGCUUCUCCUGGGAUAACUGUGAUGAAGGAAAGGACCCCGCAGUGAUCAAGAGCCUUACACUCCAACCUGACCCCAUUGUUGUUCCUGGAGAUGUGAUUGUCAGCGCUGAGGGCAAGACCAGCGUCCCUCUCACUUCUCCUCAGAAGGUGGAGCUGACCGUGGAGAAGGAAGUGGCCGGCUUCUGGGUCAAGAUCCCCUGCGUAGAACAGCUUGGCAGCUGUACCUAUGAGGACUUCUGUGACCUGCUGAACAUGUACAUUCCCCCUGGAGAGCCCUGCCCAGAGCCCCUGCACACCUACGGGCUGCCCUGCCACUGUCCCUUCAAGGAAGGCACCUACUCACUGCCUACGAGCAACUUCACAGUGCCUGACCUGGAGCUGCCGAGCUGGCUGAGCAGUGGCAACUACCGCAUCCAGAGCAUCCUGAGCAGCGAUGGGAAGCGCCUGGGCUGCGUCAAGAUCGCCGCCUCUCUCAAGGGCAGAUAGCCUGGCAGCCACGGCCACAGAACGAAGGGGCACCACACGCCUCUUCUUCUGUGUCCCAAGGCCCAGACCUGCCCACCUCCAGCUCCAUUCCCUCUACCCUCUCUACAAAUCAGUGUGCGCCCUCUCCUGUGGGAGGAUGGACCAGGCAGGUCUGGACAUCUGCUGGGCUGUAAGCCAUGCUCCUCCCCACCCCCACCGGCUUUCCAAGAGUUUCGUUCAUGUCCGAAACAGUCAACAUGUUUGGGAAUCUUAAGUUCAAACUGACCCAAACUUGGCUUUCUAAAGUUAUCCCCACCCCGCUCUUCUUUUUAGUCACUGACUCAAAACCAGAAUAACAGAAUAUUAAUCUUUCUCAUUCCACUCUAAACCUUUCCUCCAGCAAAGAGGCCUAGGUAGUCAGUCUCAGUCUGUCCCCCCAUUAACUUCCGAGAUUAACCGCAUUGUCUUCUCAGCUUGCCCAGCCAACACCGGUGCUGAUGGAUCCUGGAGAAGCAGGGCAGCGUGUGGCAGAAACCCUGUGGGAGUUAAUAUGGGAGUUAUGGGCAAGCUCCAUUAGGCCUGGUGCUGCCCACGGGCCUUGCAGGGUGAAGCAGAAGGCCUGGGGAGCCAGAGCAAUCCCUUCCAAGCAUGACUUCCACACCUUUCCUUUUUUGGUAGGACACAUAUAAGGGAUGUGAGUCCUUAUAUCAGACAAGAAAUAAAACCAAAAACCCAACAGCACAUUUGCUCCGGUGCUAGGUGGCCGGGGGCUGGGAUGGGGAGGUGCCGUGUAGCAUGACCAGUAAGUGCCAUGUGAGAAUGUUGCCAGAUAGUCACAGUAUCUUUCUCCCUCAGGCCCCAAACCCAGGCUUUUAUAUAAAAUUUUGGAAUUUUUAACUCUUGGUAACACAUUAUUUUUUUUUAUAUAUAUGUAUAUAUAUACUGUGCAGGCCAGAGGGGCCACAUGGACUUGCCUGGGGAAAUCUGGCUCACAGGUGGCUGUUAUCUCACACCCGUUCAUCUUCUCAGUGUCAAGUUAUCCGGCAUCACCUCGUCCCUCUUCAGGGUCAAGCCUGGGGUGCCUGGCCCCAAAGAGGGCCCAGCCUGCGCUAGAGCAGGUCCAGGCAGCCUCUGAGAGCUAGGCACUGUGCCAGCGUCAGAGCCCACCGCCAUCAGGGAACAGGGACUCACACCGGAGUGGGUCACCUGGCAGCCACCAUGUGGAACAAGGAUCCCACGGAGAGAGUGGAGCCCACAUCAGGUUGCACCAUGACAACUUCCUGAGCUUUGAACAGCCCAGGUUUUGGACUGGAAGCCCAGGCUGGCAAUAAAUCUUUGUAACUUGCA